AUGAAUGCAAGAAGCAUUUUUUAUGAGCGCAAGGGGCCUUGUCUGAUGGUAACUCGUCUGAACGAAUUCUAUCUAUCUAUCUAUCUAUCUAUCUAUCUAUCUAUCUAUCUAUGCCUAUUCAUAUCUAUACCUAUUCAUAUCUAUCUAUCUAUCUAUCUCAUUUGCAUUUAUAAUUCAUUUCUAUCUAUCUAUCUAUUCAUCUAUCUAUCUAUCUAUCUAUCUAUCUAUCUAUCUGUUCAACUCAAUUACAUUCUAUCUAUCUAUCUAUUUUAUCUAUCUAUGCAUUUAUCUAUUCUUUAUCUAUCUAUAUCAGUCUGUUUAUAUCUAUCUAUCUAUCUAUCUAUCUAUCUAUCUAUCUAUCUAUCUAUCUAUCUAUCUAUUUAUCCUAUUCAUAUCUAUACCUAUUCAUAUCUAUCUAUCUAUCUAUCUAUCUAUCUCAUUUAUUUCAAUUGCAUUCUAUCUAUCUAUCUAUCUAUCUAUCUAUCUAUUUGCAUCUAUCUAUUCAUUUCUUCCUAUCUAUCUAUCUAUUCUAUUUUCAAUUAUCUAUCUAUCUAUCUAUUUAUCUAUCAUUUGCAUUCUAUCCUGUUUCUAUCUAUCCUUUUUAUCUUCUCUAUCAAACCUUUAUCUAUCUAUUCAUCUAUCUAUCGUUGCAUUUGCUGGAUCUAUUCCAGUCUGUUUACAUCUAUCUAUCUAUCUAUCUAUCUUAUAUUCUAUCUAUCUAUCUAUCUAUCUAUCUAUCUAUCUAUCUAUCUAUCUAUCUCAUUUGCAUUCUAUAUUAUUCAUUUCAAUUGCAAUCUAUCUAUCUAUCUAUCUAUCUAUCUAUCUAUCUAUCUAUCUAUCUAUCUAUCUAUCUAUCUGUUCAACUCAAUUACAUUCUAUCUAUCUAUCUAUCUAUCUAUCUAUCUAUCUAUCUAUCUAUCUGUUCAACUCAAUUACAAUCUAUCUAUCUAUCUAUCUAUCUAUCUAUCUAUCUCAUUUGCAUUCUAUCUAUUCAUUUCAAUUGCAUUCUAUAUCAGUCUGUUCAUAUCUAUCUAUCUAUCUCAAGGAUAA